AUGCACAACGCAUUUCUUCGAUCAGGCCUAGGCAAGCAGAACCCAUACACAUUUGAGGUUUCCUUGAUGGGUUCGCGCACGAUCUUCACUGCCGACCCUGAGAACAUUCGAGCCAUGCUCGCAACUCAAUUCAACGACUUUGGAAAGGGCCAGCGCUUCAGAACGGAUUGGUUCGAGCUUAUGGGGAACAGUAUCUUCAAUAUCGAUGGGGAUGCUUGGCACACAUCCCGCCAGCGACUUCGGUCCCUCUUCACCCGCCAACGGGUCAGUGAUCUCGUCUGUUUCGAGCGUCAUAUCCAAGCCAUGCUCCCGAUGUUGGCUGGUGGUCACCCUGUGAACAUGAAAGAUGUCUUGAGCAGAUUCGCCCUCGAUGUUUCAGCAGACUUUUCUCUGGGAAGACAAGUUAAUUCGCUCUCGAGCAAACAAGACGAUGACGUUUUUGAGGCAUUUGAGCGUAUCCGCCACACCCAGUCCUUGAUUGAGAGGCUGGGUCCCCUAAACUUCCUCGUUCCACGCCGCGGAUUCCGCAGAGACUUAGAGGCUCUGAACAGCUUCUUGGACCCUAGCAUUGAGAAGGCAAUCUCAAUGUCCGAGGCUGAGCUGGCCGAGAUGGACAAGACGGACCAUGGAUGGACCCUUCUUCACGCAUGCGCUGGUGUCUCCCGGGACGCUCGGUAUCUACGUGAUGAAAUGGUAUCAAUCUUGAUUGCCGGCCGCGACACAACUGCAACAACAAUGUCUUGGACAUUCUACGAGCUCGCACAGAACCCCGAUGUGCUUGCCGAACUUCGACGUGAGAUUGAGAACGCGGUGGGUGUUGGCGUCGAUGCACGUCUGCCAACUUAUCAAGACCUCAAGAGUAUGAGCUUCGUGACUCAGGUAUUGAGCGAAACUCUGCGACUAUAUCCAAACGCGCCUUUCAACAUCAGGGCUGCCUCCAAGGACACCAGCUUGCCACGUGGAGGCGGACCCGACGGGAACGGCCCUGUAGGAGUUACAGCAGGUACGCAGAUUAUUUACUCUACGCAUGUUCUGCAGCUGCGAGAUGAUCUCAACUUGUAUGAAUUCCCACUGCAAGAGUUCUACCCGCGUCGAUGGGAAUCAUGGACACCCCGCCCAUGGACAUAUAUUCCGUUCAAUGGAGGCCCUCGGAUAUGCAUAGGUCAGCAGCUAGCACUCACAGAGAUGGCUUACGUCUUGGUGCGUGUAUUUCAACGAUAUGAGAGUGUUGAACUUGGACAAAACAUGCUUUCGGAGAGGAGGAGGUCCAAAGAAACGGGGUGGAUGAGAAGGGGCACAGGACCUGAUUCGGUUGAAAGGUUUGUGAGCUCCAAGCUGCGGAUGGCCAGCGAGAUCACACUUGCUCCUCGAGGGAGUGUGGACCUGGUAUUCGUUGAAUGA